AUGCAUUCGGUGUUCAAGCUUGUCGCACUGUCUCCCGUCCGGACUGCUCUAGCCGCGAGGCAGCCGUCAAUCGUUCGAAGCUUGGCUACUGUCACGCCAGCCACCACCACAUCGAGAAACCACAGAGUUGUUGUCAUCGGAAACGGCUCAGCUGGUGUCGCAGUCAGCCAUCAACUUCUACGGAAAGGGCAUUUCAAUCAGGAUGAUAUCGCGGUCAUCGAUCCAGGAACAUGGCAUCAUUACCAACCGGGCUGGACAUUGGUGGGAGGCGGUUUGAACGACAAACAAAGCUUUAAAAGGCCAAUGAAGGAACUCGUGGAGCCCCGAAUCCGGUUGUAUGAUCACCAUGUCGCGGCCAUUCACCCGGAAGGCAACUGUCUGUCCCUAGGAACUGGUGACAGGAUUCAUUAUGAUCAACUCGUCAUCGCACCAGGCAUCAGGGUCGAUUACGGUAGCAUAAAAGGUCUUACCGAGGCCAUGGACAACCCAGACAGUCUCGUGGCAUCCAUAUACAGCUACGAACACUGCGACAAGGUCUUCCGGAAUAUACAGCGCUUAGAGAGGGGCUCAGCCAUCUUCACUCAGCCUUCCGGUUUAGUGAAAUGUGCGGGUGCGCCACAGAAGAUCAUGUGGCUCGCUUUGGAUCACUGGAGACGAGCGGGCCUGUACAAUAAUGACUCGAAGAAGUCUGCGAUCAAGACCAUCUUCGCUACUGGACUUCCCACUAUGUUCGGCGUACCGAAGUACAGCGCUAAGCUCAAUGAAUUGCGAGAAGAAAGAGGCGUCACAGGACUCUUUGAGCAUAAUCUUAUUGCUAUCGAUGGAAAUGUAGCGACGUUUGAUCGACCAAAGGGCCAGCAGCCGGUGAAGCAGCAUUUCGACUUUCUUCAUGUUGCGCCUAGGAAUGUACCGUACUCGUUCGUCGAAGAAAGUGGACUCGGUAAUGAAGCAGGCUUCGUGGAUGUUGACCAGCACUCUCUUCAGCACAAGACAUUCAAGAAUAUAUGGUCCCUCGGUGAUGCGGCGAGUCUGCCGACGUCGAAGACUGUAGCUGCAAUCACGUCUCAGGCGCCCAUCCUUACGCAGAACCUCUUGCUCGGUCUGGAAGGCAAAGAACCGCAGUCUGCGUAUGACGGCUAUACAUCAUGUCCGCUUUUAACAGGCGAAAAGAAGGUGCUUCUUGCUGAGUUCAAGUACGGCGGGGUGCCGAAGGAGACGUUCAAGAGUUGGUUUGGGAUUGACCAAGGGGCUCCUCGACGUGCAUUCUAUCACUUGAAGAAAGACUUCUUCCCCUGGGUCUACGAUAGAUACCACGUGAAGGGACAAUGGGGUGGACCGAAGGGCUGGAUCAAUUAG